AAUAUUUUUUCUAAAUAUUUCCCGCAUAGAUGUUCCGAUUAUACUAUCGUACGAUAUCACUGUGGACAAGUGUUUAAAAAGUGUAUUUGGCUUACCAGAUGUGGCUUCAAUAAUUGAUCAGGUCAAAGAAAUGAUAAUGCGCUAUGGAUCAGAAAUUAGUUCAAAGGACGUAGACAUUCCCACAAUAAAUGAUGAGUUUCCUUGGACUUUUUACGAGCUUUUAAAAUUUUUUGCCGAGACGGUAUCGUGGCCAGAGGAUGUGGAUAUUCUAGUUUCCUCAUCAAAAGUCAUUGUGGACACUAUAAAUAUAUUGGCCAUAACUUUGGACACGCUUAAAGGUGAAGAAAUUCCUCACAGUAGUAUGUUAUCGCCUAUCACAUCGAAAAUAGUAAAUAAAAAAUUAGCAUUAUCAGACACCGACGAUGAAUUUGUAGCGAAUAUAAAGCAGACUAUAAGUAGAGAGCUUCAGGACGUGUAAGUAAUAUUAAACGAAAACUAAUUU